CAAUUGGUUGUCCAGUUCAGAUCGCGCAUUCGCGGCCAACAGACGUAGUGGCCGGAAAAAAAAGGGAACUAAAAUCGAAAAAUCAUAUCCCAUCGACGCGUUCUAUUCUAUUAGUUAAUCAAAUAAUAUUUUCAAGUGACCGAAUAAAUUCGGCACGUGCUGAGCUUAAGUAGAGGAAUACCAUAACCUCAGAGCACAAUGCCCAAAAAGGAGGAAUCACAGCUGCCCCAGGCUGGGGACUUCCAGGAAGGAUCAGCGCCUGUUGAUAAUCAAAAGAAAUACAAUUAUUUCGAUUUGUUCAGAUACUCGACUGUCUGCGAACGCAUCACCUUCGUAAUCAGUCUCCUGGUGGGAACCUGCGCCUCUGUAUUUAUUCCGUAUUUUAUGAUCAUCUACGGAGAGUUCACAUCUCUGCUGGUGGAUAGAACUGUGGGAGUGGGCACCUCCUCACCCACAUUCGCUCUGGCCCUGUUUGGCGGUGGCCGACAAUUAACAAAUGCCUCGAAGGAGGAGAACAGGGAGGCCAUCAUCGAGGACUCUAUAGCCUUUGGAGUGGGCAGCUUAGUGGGUUCAGUGGCCAUGUUCCUGCUCAUCACCGUGGCCAUUGACUUGUCCAACCGGGUGGCCCUAAACCAGAUCAAUAGGAUCAGGAAACUCUUCCUGGAGGCUAUGCUGCGCCAGGACAUUGCCUGGUACGACACCAGUUCGGGCUCCAAUUUCGCCAGCAAAAUGACAGAAGAUCUGGACAAGCUGAAGGAGGGCAUUGGCGAGAAGGUGGUCAUUCUGAUCUUCCUCUGCAUGACCUUUGUGAUUGGCAUCGUGUCCGCCUUCGUCUACGGCUGGAAACUCACCCUGGUGGUGCUCAGCUGUGUGCCCUUCAUCAUCGCCGCCACCAGUGUGGUGGCCAAGUUCCAGGGCUCCCUGGCCGAGAAGGAACUGAAGGCCUACUCCGACGCAGCCAAUGUGGCCGAGGAGGUCUUCAGUGGCAUCCGCACCGUUUUCGCCUUCAGUGGCCAGGAGAAGGAGAAUGCCCGCUACGGAAAGCUUCUCAUUCCGGCAGAGAAGACUGGUCGCAAGAAGGGCCUGUACUCCGGACUGGGUAACGCCAUAUCCUGGCUGAUCAUCUACCUCUGCAUGGCUCUGGCCAUUUGGUACGGUGUCACUCUAAUCCUGGAUGAGAGAGACCUGCCGGAUCGGGUCUACACCCCCGCCGUGCUGGUCAUCGUACUGUUUGCGGUGAUUAUGGGUGCCCAGAACCUGGGCUUCGCCUCGCCCCAUGUGGAGGCCAUUGCUGUGGCUACGGCGGCGGGUCAGACCCUAUUCAACAUCAUCGAUCGCCAAUCGCUGGUGGACCCCAUGGAGGAGAAGGGAGUGAAGCCAGAAGAACCUAAAGGUCAUAUCCGAUUCGAGAACAUUCGCUUCCGUUACCCCGCCCGUCCGGAUGUGGAGAUCCUGAAGGGCCUGUCGGUGGACGUACUUCCCGGACAGACUGUGGCCUUUGUGGGCGCCUCGGGGUGUGGCAAGAGCACUCUCAUCCAGCUGAUGCAGCGAUUCUACGACCCGGAAGCCGGUAACGUAAAACUGGAUGGACGGGAUCUGCGCACCCUGAACGUUGGCUGGCUGAGGUCUCAGAUUGGAGUGGUGGGCCAGGAACCGGUUCUCUUCGCCACCACCAUUGGCGAGAACAUACGCUACGGACGUCCGGAUGCCACUCAGGGCGAUAUCGAGAAGGCAGCCAGGGCGGCCAACUGCCAUGAUUUCAUAUCCAAGCUGCCCAAGGGCUACGACACCCAGGUGGGUGAGAAGGGCGCCCAGAUCUCCGGCGGCCAGAAACAGCGCGUUGCCAUUGCGAGGGCCCUGGUGAGGAAUCCCAAGAUCCUGCUUCUGGACGAAGCCACCUCCGCCCUGGAUCCCACCUCGGAAAAGCGUGUGCAAAGCGCCCUGGAACUGGCCAGUCAAGGACCCACCACAUUGGUGGUAGCCCAUCGACUGUCCACCAUCACUAAUUCGGACAAGAUUGUCUUCCUGAAGGACGGCGUGGUGGCCGAACAGGGCACCCACGAGGAGCUAAUGGAACAGCGGGGUCUCUACUGCGAGCUGGUGAACAUAACUCGCCGCAAGGAGGCCACCGAGGCGGACGAGGUCGGAGCCGGGGCGGCUGCUGGCGGGGAGCGGCCACUGCAGAAGUCGCAGAACCUGUCUGACGAGGAAUCGGACGAGGAGUCCGAAGAGGACGAGGAGGUGGAUGAGGAGCCGGGUCUGCAGACCGGUAGCAGUCGGGACAGUGGAUUCAGGGCCAGCACGCGCCAUAAACGACCCUCGCAGCGUCGCAAGAAGAAGAAGGCCAAGAAACCCCCAGCACCUAAGGUAUCCUUCACCCAACUGAUGAAACUCAACUCCCCGGAAUGGCGCUUCAUAGUGGUGGGCAGUGUGGCCUCCGUAAUGCACGGAGCCACCUUUCCCCUGUGGGGUCUCUUCUUUGGCGACUUCUUCGGCGUUCUCUCCAAUGGCGACGAUGACGAGGUGCGUCGCCAGGUGCUCAACAUAUCGAUGAUCUUUGUGGGUAUUGGUCUGAUGGCCGGACUGGGAAACAUGCUCCAGACCUACAUGUUCACCACGGCCGGAGUGAAGAUGACAACGCGUCUGAGGAAGCGGGCAUUCGGAACUAUCGUGUCCCAGGAUAUUGCAUACUUUGAUGACGAAAAGAACUCCGUGGGAGCCUUGUGCUCCCGACUGGCCAGUGAUUGCUCCAAUGUCCAAGGAGCAACUGGAGCUCGUGUCGGAACCAUGUUACAGGCCGUGGCCACUUUGGUGGUAGGCAUGGUGGUGGGAUUUGUCUUCUCCUGGCAGCAGACCCUUCUCACCCUGGUCACCCUUCCUCUGGUCUGUCUGUCCGUCUACCUGGAGGGUCGUUUCAUCAUGAAAAGCGCCCAGAAGGCCAAGGCCGCCGUGGAGGAGGCUUCCCAGGUGGCCGUGGAAGCCAUCACCAACAUUCGCACUGUGAACGGCUUGGGCCUGGAGCGACAGGUCCUGGAUCAGUACGUCCAACAAAUCGAUCGUGUGGACUCUGCCUGCAGGCGUAAGGUUCGAUUCCGUGGCCUGGUAUUCGCUCUGGGACAGGCGGCUCCCUUCCUGGCCUACGGUAUCUCCAUGUACUACGGAGGCAUUCUGGUGGCCGACGACAAAAUGGACUACGAGGACAUCAUCAAGGUGGCGGAGGCUCUGAUCUUCGGCUCCUGGAUGUUGGGUCAGGCCCUGGCCUAUGCUCCGAAUGUGAAUGAUGCCAUCCUGUCCGCCGGUCGCUUGAUGGAGCUCUUCCAGAAAACUUCCCUGCAACCCAAUCCGCCACAAAGUCCUUACAAUACAGUAGAGAAAUCUGAAGGCGAUAUUGUGUACGAAAACGUCGGCUUUGAGUAUCCCACUCGCAAGGGUACUCCCAUCCUGUCGGGCCUGAAUCUAACCAUCAAGAAAUCCACGACGGUGGCUCUGGUGGGUCCUUCAGGCUCUGGAAAGUCCACUUGUGUCCAGCUGCUCCUCCGCUACUACGAUCCUGUCUCGGGAUCGGUGAACCUUAGCGGAGUGCCCAGCACAGACUUCCCACUGGAUACAUUGCGCUCCAAGCUGGGAUUAGUUUCCCAGGAGCCGGUGCUCUUCGAUCGAACGAUUGCCGAGAAUAUCGCCUAUGGUAACAAUUUCCGGGACGAUGUGUCCAUGCAGGAGAUCAUCGAGGCGGCCAAGAAGUCAAAUAUCCACAACUUCGUGAGUGCCCUGCCCCAGGGCUAUGACACUCGCCUGGGCAAGACCUCCCAGCUUUCCGGUGGCCAGAAACAGCGCAUUGCCAUUGCCCGGGCGCUGGUUAGGAAUCCCAAGAUUCUGGUCCUGGACGAAGCCACCUCCGCCCUGGACUUGGAGAGCGAAAAGGUGGUGCAACAGGCUCUGGACGAGGCCCGUUCCGGACGAACUUGCCUGACAAUCGCCCAUCGGUUGACCACCGUCCGAAAUGCGGAUCUCAUUUGCGUCUUCAAACGGGGCGUGGUCGUGGAGCACGGCACCCACGAUGAGCUGAUGGCCCUCAACGGAAUCUACGCCAAUCUCUACCUGAUGCAGCAGGUGGCCGGCUAAAACCAAAGCCUUUACGG